AUGCAUGAGCUAAACUCACACCCAGUUUUGCCCGAAAGUGAUGCCGACGCUCUUGAUCAUCGCAUUGAGUGCGAUGCGCUCCGUCGCGUCGCACCAUGGGUUCCUACAUCGGAAAUUCGACUGUUGUGUCGAGUCUGGACGCGGAGCCGUCGCGAAACAACUGCACCGUCUCAAGAAGUGGUCCUUGGAAGGACCCGGACGUUUGUCGGCCUUAUGACACACCGCGAAUCAAGGGCUCUUGAGUUUAUGCAGAACGUCUUUAAGGAGAUUGGAAGUCAAGUCAAUCGAUUUCUAUGCGAGAGAGAUCAGCCUGAUGAAGAAUCCCUUCUAACAGUGUUUCUGAAACUGGAUAUCAACUCCCACAAAAUCAUGUCCUGGGACGGGACUAUAGGCUGCGCACUCUUUUUAGGAGGCUCUGUCUUCAACCACGCGUGUGCGCCUGACCAUCGAAUCGCCUACUAUUUUGAUGGAGGUCACUUCGUUAUUAAGGCUAUGGAAAAUCUAGAAGUGAACAGUCCUGAAGAUAUAAACAUUAGCUAUGUUCCUUCCACCUUGCCAAGAGAACUUCGAAGGAUUCAGCUGAAGGAAAAGUAUUUUUUUGAUUGCGCUUGUCGACGUUGUCUUGGCCAGGAGGUUGUCGUCAGCGAGGCCAGUGAGAAGCUCGUCAAGGAAGCUCAACAGCUUCGAGCACGACCUGACACAAAGCAGAAGCUCAUUGAAAUAAAGGAGUUCCUGGCAUCUCCCAGUAUAGCAUCACUUGCUAACAACGAUUACACAAAGCUCGUUGUUACAGUAGGACUCUUCGGCUUGUAUGGAACACUCGAGAUGCCCGUAGACGCAGUCAGGAUUGGGGAACAGCUAACGAGAACGUACCGAAAGAUGGAUAUCGCCGCAGUUGAUCAUUUGUACCUCAUCUGUCAGAUGUUCACUGCUGCACUGAAUGCCGGCUGGUUCGACAAGCGGAAUCCGAAUCAUUCAAGAUUUCUACGGCUGCUUAACCAAGCCCAUGCAGAUUCUCAGAAAAUUUUCGGGCCUGGUCAUUACCACUCGAAGCUGAUUGCAUCUAUUUAUGACCUGGCAAAACAACAGUUGCUUUCAGGCAAGAAGGCAAUGCAAUUGUAUGGUCUAGCGUCUGCACUUCGAAAUUACGCUCUCUGGCUGCCAGUCUAUAUGUCUGUCGCUAACUGUCAGUGGGAACUUGAUGCAUUCGAGUCCGUUAUUCAAAAGAAGUAUUCACUUAUCCUACAACAGGCGCAUACGUGAACAGACAAUAGAUUCAAAGCAAAUGUGAGCGAAAAACAAAAACGGGUAAUGAGAAUACGCAAUUCAGGUCAUACUGAGGUCAUUUUCGUAUAGGUCCCUGUGAGCCUAUCUGAAACCCUAUGUCGUGCCGUUAUUUAUGUAUGCAAUCAAUACAUGGACCUCAAGUUAAAAACUUGCCAACCGGGAGAAAUGCACCGAACGUUCACCUAAGUUCGUCUACAUCGUUCCGCAAACUUGCAGGGCAAACAAAUUCACGUUUCGCUACGUUUCUGAAAUAGAUAAAUAUUUGUAUGAGCAGAGGAACAAAUGGUGUGGCAUUCA